GAACCGAUAACGUAUCGACAGAUAGAAGCAAGCUGAACGCAUUUCCUCACUACUGAAAGGCGCAUUUUUAUUUCAUUAGUCUGCUUUGUUUUUCAGUUUCUUGCAACGGCCGCGGGAAAAAUUCUACGUGUCAACAGUCAUUUAGUGGAACACGAAAUCGUAGAUGGCUUCCUCAGAAAGCGGUGGUGAUGGCGACGUGGCGCUGAGUGAAGGAUUUGAAGAACUGAGGGAAAAGGUCAAAGGUCACUGGAAUACGCAAGCUGAGGCCACGCUCCUGACCACACUGGAGCAGCUGCACACGCGUCUCAUGACACGCACCGCUCAAACGUACCAAAAAGUUGAGGAUCUCAGUGUUCGCACUGCCGCAACGCACGUGGCGCUGACAAACACGUUCAACUCGCUUAAGCUGCUCUCUCAACAGAAAUUUGUGCAGCACCGCAUCGCGAUGGAAGACCUUCAACUGCGACGGGAGCGGCAGAAGCAAAUGGAGGAAAGGUCUGACUCCGACCCUGAAGAAGGCGAAGAAGGGGAGGGAAGCGUGAGUCCCGCUGCGAGUCCCACCCUUCUCUCUGGUUACCAACAGCGAGCUAAAAAACAAGUCAUCGUUCGACGCAUGCACACCUACGUGGAGGCCUGCCGGGAGGCUCUUGUGGAGGAGGGUGUGCGGGUUCCGCUGUGCCCGGAGGAUGUGGAAGAGCUCGCAGAGGAGAAUCCCUACCGGCGCCGUCGAUUGUGCGGCCUUUUUGGAACCGACGCUUUCUUGCGCGACGCAGAGAUCGGCUGCGCUGGGAAACGCGGCGAGGAGUCAAAUGGGAGAGCUCUCCCGGCCGCUUUGUCCACAUCGGCACAACCUGCAAACUCCGUAGGCACAGCGGUGCCUUCUCUUCCGCCUGCCGCAACACCACCGUCUUCUUCGCCUGCAUCCAUCAGGGCGGCUGUGCCCUCUGCCCCCUCUCAAGGCGAUCACAAAGGAGCCGCGCCAAACGCCGUGGCCGCGACGCCUGCGCAGACGACCAGUCGGCCAGCGGCGUUGGUGGUACCGCCUCCCGUAAAAUCUGUUGUCCCGCCGCCGAAGCCUGCUGUGCCUCCUCCUGCGAAGGCGACGGCCAUGCAGCGAGUUGCAGCGAAAGAAAAGCAACGGCAAGCGCUUUUCAGCUCAUCUUCCUCCUCGGCCUCCUCCUCUGCGUCGCCCGCAACGUCACCACCGCCGCCGCCGGCGCGUGCAUCACAAAAAGCUAUCCCCCCCAAGAAGGUGAAGCCGAAGAAAACACCUCCGAGGCGAGCGGGAAAGAACCUGUUUGGCUCAAGCAGCAGUUCAGAAAGCGAAGUGGAGACGUCUUCCUCCUCUGACUCGUCUCCCCUCUCCUCCACCACCAACGAGAGUGUCCCGUCCGUCGCGGCAAAAGCGAAGCCAGAAGGCAAAGCGGUCGCAUCUUCUCUUGUCCCGCCUCCGCCGCCGUCGGUCAAGCGGCCCCCUGUAUCCCCGCCACUGCACUCCUCCCCGUCCUCUUCCGCACCCACGAACCAGGCAGCAGUGCCAUCUCCCGACUCGCCCCUUCCUCCACCCCCGCUUCCACCUCCGGCGUCGGUGAGCCACGUUGCAUCGGACUCAACGACAGCAGAACAUGAUGAGAACAAAGCCGCCUCCCCAAAGCCAAUCGCUGCUGCCCAGUCAUCUGCACCUGCGCCGCCUGUGCCGCUGCCGCAAUCAGCCACUUCCUCUGCGCUCCCUCCCCCGCCUCUCGUGUUUGCUUUCGACGACGAAGCAGUGCCAACAGGAGUACCGCGGGCCGCGCCUGCCGCCGCCCCUCCGGCUCCUCUUGCGCCACAAAGCGGUGCCGCUGCCACAUCACUUCCCAUGCGCGGUGGCAAGCUGCUGAGCACUUCUUCUGAUGAAGACGAAUGA